AUGGUUCACUAUAUCCGCUUCCUGCGCACGCCGCAGACUGCAACGGGCAAGAAGACUGUUGAUAUUGCAGCCGUUGUUGCAGUCACCACAGAUCUGGGUGAUGCCUACUACGCCCAAAAUAUUGAUCUUGUGGUGGAAGUCGUAGAAGCCAAUCGUCCUCAUGGUAUUCUUCACACGCAAGUCGUGACAUGGCAGGCCUCUUCCAGAGCUCUCAAAUUCACGGCGAAUUGUCCUGGCAAAUAUACUUCUAGGUCUGCACGGCUCCAUGUGACCACCAGAGCCACGCAAUCUGCGUCUGGCAUUAUGGCGGUGCCCGUGAUCCUUGACGUGUGGAGUGAUAUCUUUACCCUGUCUGACAAGCAGCGCACCGAGCCCAUAGUGGAACGGCAGCUUGUCCUCCCGAACAAGAGCCGCAUCCGUAUGUGGGAGGAGACGGGUGACAGCAUUGCCCGUCACGUCUGGGACGCCGGCUUGGGCUUUCUGAUGUAUUUUUCGCAGGCUCUAUCAUCAUCACCUGCUGAGGGAAUGUCCCGACUGGCAUCUCUGAUGAGGUCUAGUAAGGUGAGGCGACUGAAGGUGCUGGAACUUGGAGCUGGCUGUGGGAUUGCGGGUAUGGCCUUCGCACAGCUUGCCAAGUGCGACAUGCUCCUCACCGACCUGGAAGAUGCUCAGGAGAUUUUGGGCAACAACAUUCGCUGUGCUUCGCCAUUAGCGGGAUCGACCCUCCGAUCCGAAGUUUUGGACUGGUCUACAGGCGUUGAUGAUAGCUGCAAUGCGAAUUACGAUCUUGUUCUGGUUUCGGACUGCAUCUACAACCCAGACAGCAGUCUUCACCUGGUAGAGACUCUCAGACAGUUGGCCACUCGUACCCCCGGCGUGUUGAUUUUGGUCGGGUUCAAACGACGACAUGAAGCAGACACCAUCUUCUUCGACCGGAUGCAACAGACCGAUUUUGCCAUAGUCGAGCAGGUCAAUAUUCCUCUUCCGCACACCUUCACCGACCAUGACGCCGACAUACCCACGAGCGAGUUUUAUACCUAUCAGUUGCAGUCCGCUCUGUCCCCAAGAACCUAG